AGAAGACCAGGUUCUUGUGUUCUUCUUGUGCCAACAAGAACUCUCUUCUCAACCAGAAAUGAAGGAGAAUUUCCUGGUUUUUGUCUUCCUCUAGUUGCAACAAAUCCCAUCUUUUCUGUCUCAUUUUUUUAUCAAUUUUUAUUAUUAUCUAUUUUUAUAAACUAUCUUCUUAUAAAAGAGCACUAAGAACAAGGAAAAGAGAGAAAGAAACAAGCUAGCUAGUGUGGAAAGGAGAAAGAAAGAAAGAAAGACAAAAAGUUUCAAUAAUACCCCCUCUUUUUAUCUUUUGUCUUUGUUCAAUGUCAAAUAUCACAGGUGGUGAGGCUGGGAGCUUCUCUUCUGGCAACACUGGUGGAGAGGAAGUUCAGCAACAAGAUGAGCAACUCAAUCACUAUGACCCCAACAAUGGUUCCGCCACCCAACAACAACAGCAAGCUCCACCUGCUAAGAAGAAAAGAAACCUACCAGGAACACCAGACCCAAGUGCUGAAGUCAUUGCUUUAUCACCAACCACCCUGAUGGCCACAAACCGAUUUGUGUGUGAAAUUUGCAACAAGGGGUUCCAAAGGGACCAAAACCUUCAAUUACAUCGUCGAGGCCAUAAUCUGCCAUGGAAGCUCAAGCAAAGAACAACCACUGAAAUCAGGAAGAGGGUCUAUGUUUGUCCAGAAUCUUCAUGUGUCCAUCACAACCCGGCUCGAGCAUUAGGCGAUCUUACAGGAAUUAAGAAACACUUUUGCAGAAAACAUGGUGAGAAAAAAUGGAAAUGUGACAAAUGUUCCAAGAAAUAUGCCGUGCAGUCUGAUUGGAAAGCUCAUUCAAAGACAUGUGGUACAAGGGAAUAUAAAUGUGACUGUGGCACCAUCUUCUCCAGGAGAGAUAGCUUCAUCACACACAGAGCCUUCUGUGAUGCCCUAUCUGAAGAAAACAACAAAGCAAAGCAAGGACUAUUGUCUAACAUGGGACAAAACUUACAUGGCCAAGUUCAUCCCCAGCUCAUGUCCUCAAUACCCAUCAACAACAACAAUAACUCCAACACAACGAGUGGAACAUCCGGAUUCAACCAAUCUGAUACUAAAGUACCAAUAUCUUUGCCCCAAGAAGUCAUGUCCUUCCCUACAAAUAAACCCUUGAACAUGGUAGGAAGCCUCUUUAGCGGUCCAAGAAGCAUUUCUUCUUCCUCUCCUUCACUUCAACUCAACACGAGUUCCAUUUUUGAAGGAAAUGGACACCAAUUGGCUGGCUUAGCUGCACACAUGCCUGCCACAGCUUUGUUACAGAAAGCAGCACAAAUGGGUGCAACUGUGAGUACUAGUGGCAUGAACUGUCAAAUAAUGCAGAAUAAUAGCUUUGGUACAAGCAUGGCACCACCAUCAUUUAGUGCAAUUCAGCCUCAAAAUGAUCAAUCAUUCAUAAACCAGUUCAUCCAAAAAGGCCAACAUGGAAAUUCAUAUGAGAAUGGCAUGCCUGAUAACCUGGGAAUGACCAACAUGGGAAUGUUGAAUGGUCUACUUGAUCAAAACAGUGCAAUAUUAAAGAACAUAAAGCAUGACAAUAGCAACAGUAAUAGUACUGUAUUGCAUGGUGGAGAUUCAAAAGCAGGGUUAACUAGCUCCACAAAAGAUUCUAAUGGGAGUGAGGAUAUGAUGACAUUGGAUUUCUUGGGGAUAGGAGGAGGAGCAAGACAUGGGAAUUUUUAUGAACUACAGCAACAAAAGCAACAAGAAAUGGGGUUUGAAGGAAUUAGUCAAAGAAUUCAGGGAUUGAGUCACUUUCAGCAACAAGCAUCAAUGGAAAAACCCAUGUGGGAGGUUUAAGAAUAUAUGAUAAUGUUUUUCCAAAUUGCUUCAAUACCUAGUUGCUAGAAAAAUACUUCCUAGUCCUUGAUGUAAUGAAUUUUUCCCAUAUAUUUUCUUUCCUUCAUA